CGUGCUGUCAUCUUCUCUUCUCUCCGCAUCUUCGCUGCCAUGCAUGGAUUUCUCCCCUCCAUCCUCUCAUGGCCAAAUAAAGCACCGCUCUGAUAUUGAAAUCCGCUGCUAUCUCUCUCACACGCACAGAAACGGUGGAAAACAAGAAGCUGAGCAGAGCUGGAACUGAACUGGAAGAGAUUGGUUUGCUUCGAAUUCCGAAUGCGUUCUUAUCAGAUCGAUUCAAACAACAAGAAAGUUCGAAUUUUUUCCAGAUUGCAGCAACCACUUUGAGUAAAAUCUGUUCUGCUCAAACCUUCUUCUCUCUUGCCCUGUUUUGUUCUCCCCGGUUUUAAUCUGAUGGAAGCACACUCCUGCAAAGUUUGCAAACGAACCUUCGCCAAUAGUAGAUCUCUUGGAGGCCAUAUGAGGUCUCAUUUCUUGCUGAAACGUUCAUUUAACCUCGAGAAGAGCUCAGAGGGCAGAUAUGGUCUCAGGAAGAAGCCGAAGAUAUCGCAGUGGUUUGGUGAUGAGGAUACGGAGCAAGGGGAAAAAGAGUCAUGGAGUACUAGAGUUGAUGAUGGUCAAGAAGAAGAAAUGGAUAUGCAAACAGAAUGCCAAGUGCCCAGAAACAAGCGGCAGGGAAGGAGAUCCAAGCUGAUUGAGGCACUGCUUGAUUCUUCUUCUUCCCCUGAACCUACCUCACCAGAGUUUGGUGCCUUGUGUCUAAUGUUGCUCUCAAGAGGCGAAAGCUCUGUUGCAGAAGAAAAGGAGAUAAAGAUAUCGGAAUCUGAUAUUUUCAGGAUUGGGAUCAAGAAAGCUGACUUCAUUCCUUCAGAAUCUGGGUUUCGUCUUGAAGAAAAUGGUGUAGAAUUCACGAAAGAUGUGAAUUUUGCUGCUGUUCCUGAAUCUAGGAAGAGAAAGAAAUCAACAAAAAGGGAUUUUGAUACUGAAAUUGAGAAGCGAAGCAAGUACGAGUGCCUAAUCUGCAGCAAGAGCUUCCCUUCCUACCAAGCUCUUGGAGGCCACUGUUCAAGCCAUAAGAAGAUCAGAGCAGAAUCUUCAUCUGCUGUUGCGGCGGUUUCAGUACAACUUAUCUCUCAGAAAGUUGGAGGCUAUGUGUGCCCAAUUUGUAAUAAAGUAUUUCCAUCUGGGCAAGCUUUGGGUGGUCAUAAGAGGUCACAUCUGAUUGCAGGCAAUUCUGCUGCUUCUGCUGCUGCGAUCUCUACAGAAGUAACCUGCAUUGAGCAGAAGAAUUCAAAGCUGAAUUCACUCGAUCUCAAUCUUCCUGCUUCCGAUUUCGAAUUUUGUGACAGUUUCGAUUCUAACGGAAGCAUUGCUGAAGAAAAGCCUACAUCUUUUCAGGAAAAUGCAGACUUGGAGCAUUCACGAUAUGAAGCAGAAUGCUGAAAUAAAGUAAUUUUUCAUUUGGAUUUUCUAAUUUGAAGCUGCAGAU